CAGAGGUGGAAUUACUUCGAUAUUAUGUAUCGGUGUUUCCCCACCCCCAGCAGCUAAAUCCGCAAAAACAAACUGCGAAAAAAGAAUCCUCCAAUUCCAGGAGUUUUCCGUUAAAAACCAGCUAAAUUCACAAAAAAAACCAAGAUGCAGAAGUACGACAAGAUGGAGAAGAUCGGCGAGGGCACCUAUGGCACGGUGUUCAAGGGCCGCAACCGCGACACCAUGGAGAUUGUGGCUCUAAAGCGGGUGCGUCUGGACGAGGAUGAUGAGGGAGUGCCCAGCUCCGCCCUUCGGGAGAUCUGCCUGCUGAAGGAGCUGAAGCACAAGAACAUUGUGCGCCUCAUAGACGUCCUGCAUUCGGACAAGAAACUCACCCUGGUCUUCGAGCACUGCGACCAAGACCUCAAAAAGUACUUCGACAGUCUCAACGGAGAGAUCGACAUGGCCGUGUGCCGAAGCUUCAUGCUCCAGCUUCUCCGCGGACUGGCCUUCUGCCACAGCCACAACGUCCUGCAUCGCGAUUUGAAGCCGCAAAACCUGCUGAUCAACAAGAAUGGCGAGCUGAAGCUGGCUGACUUUGGUCUGGCUCGAGCAUUCGGCAUUCCCGUGAAGUGCUACUCCGCAGAAGUGGUGACUCUGUGGUACAGACCACCCGAUGUCCUCUUUGGAGCCAAGCUAUACACCACCAGUAUCGACAUGUGGUCGGCCGGCUGCAUCUUGGCGGAACUGGCGGACGCUGGACGACCGCUGUUUCCCGGCUCCGAUGUGCUCGACCAGCUGAUGAAGAUCUUUCGAGUGCUGGGCACGCCCAACGAGGACUCCUGGCCAGGGGUCUCCCACCUCUCCGACUACGUGGCGCUUCCAUCCUUUCCGGCCAUCACCUCGUGGAGUCAACUGGUACCCCGGCUGAACUCUAAGGGUCGCGACCUUCUGCAAAAGCUGCUCGUCUGCCGGCCAAAUCAGAGGAUCAGCGCCGAGGCCGCCAUGCAGCAUCCUUACUUCACGGACAGCAGCUCUUUGGGUCACUGAUAUGGAGUCGAAUGGGUUGGGGUUGGAAUAGGUCUUAGCCACUACUCGAGCGACUGUUUUCACGUACUUUGAUUAGACUUAAGCCAAAACCCUAACCUUGUUUAGCUAUGAAUGUGUAGAUCUUCGAAGUAUAUCUAUGCACUAGGAUAUCGGUAAUAGACUAGGAUAAACUGUCCUUUAUAACGUGUUUAUUGCAAUUUGUUUGUAUGCAAGGUUUUUAGUUAGCAAAGCAAAAACAAAAGUGAAUUUUAAUGAAAGACAAUCCUUAACAAUGAGACACUUUAUAUAGCCAUUGAUUUAAAGUUCGUUGUGCUUUUCUUCUGUUUUUGUUAAGUAAAUAAAGUGAUAUAACUAAAAUCACUUUUUUAUACUUAUUUCUUGAGCGAAAAGAAAUUACUCAAAAAUAAUGAUUAUUUUGUCGAUUAAACAAUUUUGCUUUAAGUCGUCCAACUUUUUUGCAGCGUUUAAAUAAUACUCAAAAUACAAUCAUGAAGUUGUAAAUUUUUUUUCAAUUAAACUAUUAAUUAUUUUUUACGGUACCUGCAAUAAGAUCGUUAAAUUGAAUUAUUUUUAAUUUUUAACAACUAGCCAGAAUUGUUGGUUUCAAAAGAUGGAUUAAAAUGCAGAGAUAGAAAUGUUUAAACAACUUUUUAAAACUUAAGCAUUGAAUAACUUACGACCCAGAAAUUUAAAUGUAUCCUAGCUUUGUAGAUCAAUAAAAAGGAACUUACCGAAGCACGACAUCCCAA